AUGGCAGAUGUUGUGGACGUGAGGGAUGUGAAACAGUACAAGCCACGGUUACCUACACUUCCCCGUGAUUUUAAGGAACUAUAUCGUUUUAAUGAAGACAACGUGGAGUGGCUUGCAAACAGAUUUUUAGUUGCAACUGAAGAAACUCGGGGAGGAGCUUUAUCAUCCGUGCAUAAGAUGAAAAUAUGUUUACGUUACCUUACAGACCCCGGGUAUCAAAAGGGUAUCGGACAGGAACUUGGUAUUGAUCAGGCAACGGUUUCUCGGUCGGCGAGUGAAGUUGUUGACAGUAUAGUUGCACAAGCGAACCAGUGGAUAAGGUUUCCUACUACCAACAAUGAAAUAAUGGAGGCAAAACACCUGUGGCAGAGAAAAUUUCUCUUUCCAACGGCACUUGGUGAUUGUACUCACGUAGGUAUACAAAAACCUUAUCUCCACGGAGACGAGUACAUUAACCGUAAGGGAAAGCCUACUCUGAAUGUACAAGCUACCUGUGACGCUAGUGAAAAGUUCACUAGUGUUGACGUGAGUUGGCCUGGAUCAGUACAUGAUUCAAGGAUUUGGAAAAACUCUCAUGUAAGAGGAGUACUGGCAAACAAAGCAAAUGCUGUAUUACUUGCAGAUAGUGGGUAUGGAAUAGAACCUUGUCUCAUGACUCCUUUUGCAAAUCCUACUCCUGGUGGUGAAUUGAAAUUUAACAAACUUUUAAAGACUGAGAGAAUGUUCGGCCUAGUGAAGGUAUUUCGACGUUGUUUCGUCUCUGCAGACACACAUAAGCAACGUGUUUCAGCUGGCACUGUGGGACAGCGUACUCAGUUGAAGAUUGUGCAGCAGAAUGUUGCAUUAUGCACUUUCUUCGAGUACUAUCCCAGCCAGAGUAGGAAAGACUAA